AUGCAAAGCUUCAACAGAACCCCUGUGGUCACACACUUCAUCCUGGUGGGCUUCUCCCGCCUGGAAGAGCUGCAGCUGCUGCUCUUUGUCGUCUUCCUUCUCCUGUACUUGACCAUCCUGCUGGCCAACGCAACCAUCAUGGCAGUCAUCCGCUUCAGCCGGACGCUGCACACUCCUAUGUAUGGCUUCCUAUUCAUCCUUUCCUUUUCUGAGUCCUGCUACACAUUUGUCAUCAUCCCUCAGCUACUGGCCCACCUGCUCUCACACACCAAGACUAUCUCCUUCGUGGCCUGUGCCACCCAGCUCUUCUUUUUCCUCGGCUUUGCCUGCACCAACUGCUUUCUCAUUGCUGUAAUGGGGUAUGAUCGCUACGUAGCAAUUUGCCAUCCCCUGCGGUACACGCUUAUCAUGAACAAAAGACUAGGGUUGGGGUUGGUUUCUUUAUCUGCAGCCACAGGUUUUUUUAUUGCUUUGGUGGCCACCAACCUCAUCUGUGACAUGCCGUUUUGUGGCCCCAACCGAGUCAACCACUAUUUCUGUGACAUGGCACCAGUUAUCAAGUUGGCCUGCACAGACACCCACAUAAAAGAACUCGCACUGUUCAGCCUCAGCAUCCUGGUCAUCAUGGUUCCCUUUCUGCUAAUUAUCAUAUCCUAUGGCUUCAUUGUUAACACCAUCCUGAAGAUACCCUCAGCUGAGGGCAAAAGGAAGGCCUUUGCUACCUGUGCAUCCCACCUCACUGUGGUCUUUGUCCACUAUGGCUGUGCCUCCAUUAUCUACCUUCGGCCUAAGUCCAAGUCUGCCUCAGACAAAGAUCAACUGGUGGCAGUUACCUACACGGUGGUUACUCCCCUACUUAAUCCUCUUGUUUACAGUCUAAGGAACCAGGAGGUGAAGACUGCACUGAAAAGAGUUCUAAGAAUGCCUGUAGCAACCAAAGAGAUCUGA